AUUUUUUUCUCGUUCUCCACUUGGUAGAACCGUGAAGAUCCCUGUCGGGGUGGUGAUCCAACACCUUGGCAAGAAGCGAUUAAAUCCUAAGAACAUCGAGGACCUAUUAUUAAGAAUGAGUACCAGCCGAUCUCCUGCUUAUCCGCGGCAGGAAAAAGCGCACAUAGAGUCUCAUGAGAGGCUUUGCCACAUGGCCGGGACAACUUCUCUGUGCUGCCGCACAACUCAAAGUGCUGGACGAGGCAGACACACCAAACCUUCCAACGCGAUGAGUGGACUGACCCCCAACGCCUUCGCAAAUGAGCCCACGGGGCUGCAAGAUGUCUUGGCCUUUAUCGCCGACUUUGAGAUGGAGGAUAGUCAUGACAGUGACAGCUGGAUGGAGGACGAGCUCUCGACGUCGGGGCAGGGCAAAGCUCAAGACGCCAACCUCGAAGAACUUUUCAUAGGCGGCGGCCGUCGAUCUUCUUCUACCACUGCAAGUAGCAACAAACGGAGUAUGGUGGUACCUUCCAAUGCCACUGCUGCGUCAGUGAUGCCUCGUCGACACCGAGUUAGUCGCAAGGAAGAGCUGGAAUAUUUGCGAAAGAAAGUUGCGGAGAUGGAAGAUAAACUCAACAAGCUUAAGAAACAGGCGGAGGGCGGUGGUACUCCACCUCCUCCUGCUCCUGUGGUUCCAGAGGAUGCCCAGGCUGCGAUGCAACUAGAACAGUCCGUUGCUCUGUGGAAGAAGAUGGCUCAGCGACAGAAAAGUCAGCGAGAAAUGGUCGAAUCCGAGAACGGCAAACUGCGUGAGAAGCUCAAGACGCAAGUGCGCAUGGCCAAGAGCUUGCAGCGCAUUCUACGUAAGCGAGAACGAGCAGCAGAAGAGAUUACAGCAGAGUCGCCGAAACGGUUUAAGCAACUAUGCGAGACAGCAACUGAUUUAACUGAUGCUGGUUCUACGUUAGAAUUUGACGCUCUGACGCAGAAUCUCGAUGCGCUAUAUGCUAUUACGAAUGAACGCAUCGCACUGUGUCCAGUAGCGUCAGGCGCCAAUCCGGUUCUUCGCAAGCAAGACGUCAAGUACAACGACUUUACUGGGAUGUUCCUUGAGUUUCUACACAGCAAACUUGUGCCUUUCGAUUUGGCUGCAGUCAAUCGAGCUUCGUGGCGUCAUAUGAGCGAGCCCGGUAUCAAGUACAACUCAUAUUUUGAGGAGGUUGGUAGCUGCACCUAUUAGUAUCGUGAAAACCGUACUAUUGACAAACUUUUCGUAUUGUUUAGCAGUCUGCUACUGCGACGGAGAACACAGUAAUGCGGAAGUUUGGGGUCGAAAUCAAGCAGGACACGCGUACUGCUAAGAUGGCUGGAAUACAAGCUAUCCGUCGUUAUGUUGAAAGCGACCGAAUAGUGAUCGUGCGCGAGUCCGUUAUCGAUCAGACAGAGCUUGGAGACGCAGCAGCUCAAGGUAUCACGUUUCGAGACGUUGGCUGGCUAGUGUUGAAAGACGUGACGGGGCAGGUCUCGGCUUCUGGGCCCAUGACACUAGUCCAGUCAUACUCAACGCUUACCCCCGACUUGGACUUAAACUCGAGGUGGGAAGUCGGCGCAUUGACAGAUUUUGUGCUGCAGUCCCGCGAAGACAUGGAGGUCGGGAAUGAAAGCAUUGUAGAGAACUUGCUAUUGGAAGAAGCAGCGAAGCGAACAACGCCGUAAUUGAAGCUCACGUUAUAUGUCAUAAAGUAUUGGCGUGCUCUUAUCUCAUUAAUGCGACUGCUUUAAAGUAUUUCAGGUAUUAAUGGACAGUGACCAUUGGUUACAGUAGAUC